UCAGUCUUAUUUCCGGGAGAGUUAUUGAAAGGUACCGCGUUUUCCAUAUGUGACGUUUUCGACCGAUAUCGUGAAAGAAUCCUCUGGAAUUGUGACAAAAUCGUGUUUUGAUGUGAGCCGAUCAGUCAGACCUUCCAAUCUGCCCGUUACCGUUUUUGACCGUUUUGACUCACUCUUAUUUCCGGGAGAGUUCGUGAAACGUACCGCGACAUCCAUUUGUGACGUUUUCGACCGAUAUCGUGAAAUAAUCCUCUGGAAUUGUGACAAAAUCGUGUUUUGAUGUGAGCCGAUCAGUCGGACCUUCCAAUCUGCCCAUUACCGUUUUUGACCGUUUUGACUCGUCGCUAGCCUGUAUUACAUCUGAGAUAAUUUGUGACAGGUACCGCGACUUCCCUUUGUGACGUUUUCGAUCGUUAUGGCGGAAUAAUCCCCCGGAAUUUUGAAAAAAUCGUGUUUUGAUGUGAGCUUGUCAAUUGGACCUUCCAAUCCACCUGUUGCCGUUUUUGACCGUUUUGACUCGUUGACCGCGUCGCGUCUUCCCUCUGGGAUGAUUGCUGAAAGGUCCAGCGACUUCCAUUUGUGACCUUUUCGACCGAAAUAGCGGAACAGUCCUCUGGAUUUGUGUAAAAAUCGUGUUUUAUGUGAGCCUAUCAGUCAUACCUUCCAAUCUGCUAAUUGCUGUUUUUGACCGUUUUGACUCGUCGCUAACCUCACUCUUGCCUCCAGGAUAAUUUGUGUUUUUCGCUAGGUUUGACAGUUUUGACCGAUUUGAAAGCAGAAUGAUCUACAAGUCAAAAUUCUGAGAUCACAUGAAACUUGUGUUAUUCUCUAAGUGACCUGAACCCGCAGCUCUGUGAAUUUUAUCUUUUGACCGUUUAGGCAGGCUGCUCAACGGACCGUUGCCCUUCGGAUUUCGCGAAUCAGUUUUGACCGCCUGUUACUUUGUUGCUUUUCCUGCAGUUUGACAUGUGCGUUCGUUUUACCAAAGUCUGCUGACAAAUUCCAUCUUUCUCGCGUUUUUCUUCGAAUAUCAACCCAACGCAUGACACGUGUGCUCGCUUAUCAUCGCAACCGUUUUUGACCUAUUGGAAACUAAACUAUUCCAAAGUUCAGCUAAAAGUUAGUUGGCACGCGUGCGACUCAUAGUUGAGUUUCCAGUGGUUGAUCCGGAAUUAUUCGCACGUUAGGUCGGUGUCGAGUUUCUUGAUAGUGCGACCGCGAUUUAUUCAGAACGACUGUGAAGUGGACUUUUUCAAGAGGGAUCAAUGAAUAAGCGAAAUCUCGGCUACCUUGUGUUAAAUUUGACUCCUAUCUACUCGUAACUGGUACUCGUAACUUGUACUCGUAACUUGUAUUAUACUCUUCUAACCUAACGCUUUAAAAACAAGCGAUUCAAUUGUGUUUACACGUUGCAGAUCAGCCAAAUUCGGAUCAUCAUUUUAACCUAUUCUUUUAUGAAAAUCGGAAGGACUUCAUUUUUACAAAAUUUUAUGGAAACUUUUAUAAAAUUGCAAUUAAUUUAACGAGCGAAAGACAUCCUAAAUUUUGACCAACAUUAUAACCAAUGUCAUAUCCUCGCUGGGUAAUUUAAAGGCGGACAGCACAGGAAACCGUAAUUUUAAUAAAAAUUUGACAUUAAAAUCGGACAUAAAUUCUCAUUAGUGCGUUUUUUACCGGGGUUUAAGCGCGGUUGCCAGUGCCACGUAAAAUCGGAUCGUUUCUGGGCAUUUGUGAUUCGUAGGGUGCGGGAACGAAUCAACAAUCAACAGGAAACUCUGACGCGGUUAGCUCAUCAAGUGUGCUAUCUGAAAUAUGUGCUCUUUUUGAAGACAAGUCCUUUUUAAAAUUGCCGAGAUGCCGUAAAGACAUGUUUUUUACAAAACUAAAACGGCUCAUGAUCCGGGAACCGUGCUCUAAAGUGAUAUCACAAGGAAAUUCUGAUCUCCCGAGGAUGUGACUUACCGGGUGUCAGGAUGCAGACACGUAACCUAGCUGCAGUGAUGGUGUGAGCAAUGCAAUAUGUUCAACAUUGAGUAUGGAGCUCUGAUGAAUGUUUGCUUGUCACUGUUAGCAAUCCUCGGCCUGUUUGUCAAUCUUUUAGUUCUCAUUGUUUUUUAUAGACGACCAACGCUUCGAUCACCUUCAAACAGAUUUGUCGGUAGUCUGAUAAUGGCGAACCUUCUGUCUUCGACGGUGCUGGCACCGGUGCUCCUGUCGGACAAGUCUUCCGUCUCAGCUGGUCUGAGUGCCCUUGUCGUAACCUCAUCUGUGUUCUCAAUAGUCGCCAUCGCUGUCGACCGCUAUAGCGCGGUUCUUAGUCCGCUUCACUACGCCAACACCAUUAGCAGGAGACGAAGUUUAGCCAUUAUUCUCAUGUCGUGGAGUCUGGCUAUUCUUCUAUCCUCACCAUACGUGCUCUUCCAGUGCGCUGCGCCUAUAUUUUGGCAAACGCAUUCCAUGGUGCUUCUAAUAGUUGGUUUCACAUUCCCACUCAUGGCGUUAGUCAUCAUAUACUCCAGAAUGUACACUGCCGCACACAGGAACAGCAUGCGGACGCGUCGCCACAGCGUGUGCACGGAGGUGGACUCGGUGCACCGGAACUCGAACGCGACGUUCUCGGCGCUGCUGUUCCGGGAGGAGGGUCGCGCCGUGAAGACGGCCUUCAUGGUCAUCGCCUCGUACCUCUUCUGCUGGACGCCCUACUUCGUCUCCUCGACCAUCGCCAAGUUCCACGACCGCGCCCUCGUCCCCGAGGAGCUCGUCACCCUCUGCAUCCUCUCCAGCAGCCCGCUCAACCCCUUCGUCUACGUCUUCCGAAACGAGGUGGUCCGAAAGGAGACUUGUCAUUUGCUGUGCUGGUGGCGGUCCAAAAUCCAGACGCCCAAGCCACCGAUGUUGAAGCACCAACCUUCCUCGCAUUUUGACAGUAUGUCAGUUCAAAGUUUCCACAUGACGACCGGCGAGUGUCACCAUUCUGUGGAUACGCCUCCUCCUGCGGAUUUCGUAGCUACUUACUAUCCAGUAACAAAAGGUGAGACGCCCAAGUACGAAAGUGUGACGUUUCGGCUAGCUCAGCGGAGAUGUCAGAGCUGCAUUCGACAGAAUUCAGAUUCUUCCACCAACAGUUGUCAGCCUCUGCUCACGCCAGUCCCCAGAAGACAGCGCCCGGCGAGUGAGCCUUCAACGCCUAAACAUUUGAACAACAACAAUGAUUCACUUGUUUUUAAGUUCCAUGUACCUGAGUCUGUUAGUUCGACAAUCGACUCGAGACGAGAACGUCACAAGCUGCAGAGAGUCUCAGCCGUAGAAACCGAGGACACCGGUACUCAUGUAUGAAAAUUCCUGCCCAGAAAACACUGUCACCGCCUAGGAGUUUCGGGGCUGCAAAAGUACCACCCCCCAGAAACAGAGCCCUUUUCUUGCCUCAGAGAUAAAGGAAUGGAUGGAAAAUUUUAACAAAAAUUACCCCCAAAACAGCUACUUUCAACUAACAGUGUGGGGUUACUGCUAGAAAAUUGAAAUUUGGAAGAGCUCCCAAAAAAAAAUUCCUGAAAUUUCUUGGCUCUGCCAGUUGUUUUAAACUUUAGUCAAACGUUGUACUUAUUUUUAAGACUUUGCAUUUAUUUUUAUGAUUAAGAUUAAGAGUCAAAUACCAAGUCUAGUAAAUGAAAUUUCAAAGAAUUAAAAUUAUUUUGAUCAAAUUCCUGACACUAAGGAUUAGCAGAUUACUGAAGUCGGCCAACCAUUCUAAAAUCAACCUUGGCCGACCUACUGUUGAGAACUAACGUCUUUAAUAACUCAAUGUGUUGACGAUUAGUAGGUUUGCUAGUUGAGAGGAUGGCUGGUUUCAAAAGUAGAUGAUACCAUAGAUACUCCAUUAACACUAUCGAUAUAAUCGACGAGUAUGGCUGUAAUAUCUGUUUUUGAAGGACUAACUAAGUAUAUCAUGCAUUUUGACGAGAUUGAAGUAAAUAUUUAUCUAGAGGUCGUUGAUGAAGAGAGUGAGUACCUAUAUAGUUUAUUUUUUUUUUGGUUUUAACUAGGAUUAAGUUAAGAACUAUAUUUUCCUUUAUUUGUGCCAUUGAAUUUUUGUUAAGUGAUAUUAUUUUAUUUCCUAACGAGCUGAAAACACAAGUGUCAUUUCAUGUCACCUCUUACUGGAUCAAGGAGUUUGAUCAAUAUGAGUUGAGUCGCUUAUUGCGGGUUUAAAAUAAUAUAGUUUGAUGAACCCUGCUCUAAAAGAAGCAACUAAGCUUGUAAAAAAGCGAGUUUAAAAUAAUUAAAUAGUAUUGCCUGAAAAAAACGUCAUCUUAAGUUUUAUGUAAAUGGUCUUUUUGGUCAAUCCCGUUCCAAACUUGCCGUUUUAAAUUUCUAAAAUCAAAAUAAAAUAUAUUUAGAGCCUAGUUCCUUUGGUAUAUGAGGAAAGCUGUUAGAAUAGUUGAGCUAAGCCUUUGAAGAUAGGCUACCCGCUACCUGGCUAUACUCAAAUAUUAUUCUGACGACUAAUGUGCGAGAUUCUACUCUAAAUUAAUUCAAAGAGAUUUUUAGCUCGUUGAAUUUGUGUACAUACUAUUUUUUUAAUUAUCUUACAUUAUUAUCAUAGUGAUGUUAUAAUUUUUGACGUGCCAUACUUUGACGAAUCAUAACUUGCCGAAGACAAGAGUGAAAAUUGCAACACUUGCACACACGAAAUGGAUGUGCCGAAGAGUGUAAAAAUCUGGGGGAAAAAAACAUUUUUGAAAAGGGAAAUUAAACAAAACUAAAUUAGAUGUCAAAUAAAACAAAUUAAGUAAUUAAGAUUGAUUUAAAAAGAAAACAAAAUAAAAUAAAAGUAUUCCUCUGUGCCAGAACCAUACUGAUCUUUAAAGGAACUGUUGUACAUUCAUUGUAUUAAUUUUAUCAAGUCAAAAUUAUACUUGUGCUAAAAGCUGUUUUUCCCGCAUUUCUUCAAAAUUUUGACGGCAAGUUAUGGUAUGUUUUACCGCCGCACACGGAGAAAUUUGCUAUUUUAGGUCGUGAGCCGAUCUCUCAUUAUAAUAAGUUAUAAUUAGCUACUAGUACUUGAUACCGCAUUUAUCUGUGAUAGACAAGAAUUCCGUCAACUUUAUCUUCAUCAAUUAUUAAUGUUUCAUAUAAUUUCAUCAUUAAUUUUCUUUAGUCUGUAUUUUAUAUCAAGCUUUAAAACUCAAUCGCGACCAUCUAUUCAAUUGUAAAAGAGUACUUAAUUUAUGUAAAGGUUGUUUACUUAACUCAACAUUUUCUUAACAAUUCAAAAUAAGUAAGGUUUAAGUAUACCUACGGGGAAAAAUGCGACACAUUAUUGACGCUAGACCAAGACAUGCACUAUUUCGAAUGGUAUAACGUAUUAUCGUACCAAGGAAGAGAGCUGUACGUGCCAAAACCACAGUUACUUUAUUUCUGCAUGAGUCCGUCGAUUAGUGCUGCGAAAAGGAGUUGACACUAACAUGAACAUUUUUGUUUACUCAAAACGUAAGUUUUACAGCACUUUUCCCCUCUAUCACUUUUUUUGGUCAUGCUAUUGUCCCUUACUCAGGUUAGUUCAGAGUUUAAUUUCACUUAUUUUCAGAAUUUUGAAACUUCAAAGUGCGUGCAAUCAUUACUUCUUAGGUUAGUAACCUCCUUGCCAGCAUUGAGUUUCAAUUUAAAUGCUGCGCAGUUUUGAUAAUACCUUUCAUUUUGAAUCACUGACACGAAUUGAAAAUGGCACACUGUAAAACGUCUUCCAUUUCUUGAUUUCGUCUGAGCAUAAAAAGAAAAAGCUCCUUUUUAAUUUUAAAAAACAGUGCUGUUACUGAAUAUAGCCCUCUCGUAGAUCCUCUCUGAACCCACAAUGCAAACCCAACCGUUUUACAGUAUCUUGUAAAGGAUUAGAGAAAAUGGAGACUUUUUACAGUGUAAAAUUUUCAUGUAAGUAUCCAAUUAUGUAGCAGUGUCACAUACACCUUGGGAAAAAAUCAAAAGACCUUCAAAGUUAGAUUAGUCACGAUGUAAAACCUAUACUUUAAAAUUCCUCAGAUAAAUAAUUGAUAGCUGAUGAUAUCUGUAAAUACAUAGGUAGUACCCUUUAUUUUUUUACUUUUUGCUAUGCACCAUGACUAACCUGUGCUCCGUUGUCAAGAAAAUACAAAAAUGGCUGUAAUUAAUUAAUUGAUGGAUUCUGUUACCUUCUGUAAAGAAAAAAAUGUACCUACACAAUGUAAUCACGAAAUACUUAAAUUCUUUUUUGCUUA